UUCUGACUGUGUCACACUCCUCGCCCGCCUUCCUCUCACGCGCAGGCUUCGGUACUAAACUAUUUAAGGGAGUUCUCGGUCAACUAAUGUAGACAACAGUGCACGAGGCAUAGGUGGACUUUUCUUUCUAACAGGCCUUAACAGGACUUAUCACCUCAUUUUCAAAAGGAACUUGAAGACAACUUAAGGAGAAGGGGGCCAUGAGGAUAAACUUUCUUUUUUCAUUGCCCACCCUGUCCUCGGGUGUGAGGCGGAUUUUGUAAAGCUGAGAAUUAAUGUAGACUGCCCUAGAGGCCCUAGACUUGGUUUGAUUAGGCCUUUUUGCUAUUGUAAUUCAAAGUGACCAUCUUUUGUCACUUUGCUUGUGGAUACGGUGAUUUCCUGGAGGAAACAGUUUGCGUAAAUCAGUCCCCCUGGAUUACUUGUGGAGAUUAGUGAUGGGGAAUGCGGCUGGUGGGGGAUUGGAGCAUGAACCGGCCGAAGGUCGAGAGGCCAGAAACUCAGUCAGUGCAGCUUCAGCAAUGAAUGACUCUGCACCAACCUUGCAAAAAAAGCAGCCUCCUCAACCCAAACUUCCCAUGCCACCAGAGAAGGAGCUGGAGGAGCGCUUCAACACGGUUCUGAGUUCCAUGAACUUGCCUCCAGAUAAACUCCAGCUGUUGAGUCAAUACGACAAUGAAAAGAAAUGGGAAUUAGUCUGUGAUCAGGAGCGUUUCCAGGUGAAGAGCCCCCCAUCCACUUACCUGACCAAGAUCAAAAGCCUCUACCAGGAUCAAGGAGGGGUGUCUCGUAGGUUGAAGAAAAGGAUCCAAGAUGCCACCCAGGUCCUUAAAAAUUUGGAGAUAUCCCUUCGGACCAAUCACAUUGGAUGGGCCCAGGAGUUUCUCAAUGAACAGAAUAAAGGUUUGGAUGUUCUGGUGGAGUACCUGUCCUACGCACAAAGUGACAGCUCGUUUGAGGUUGAGGCUAUAGAAAAUGGAGGCAGCCUGUCAGACAGAGGAAAAUCAGCAGAAAGGUCAAUGGAAGACUUGACCAAGAGCUCCAGCAGCCAUCAGUCACAUGGCAUGACCAGAGCAGCUCGUGCACUGACUGUAAGAAUAAGCACCACUCUGGUAAACAAGAUGCAUAAGAAGUCCCACAUAAACAGCCAGAGAGAUGAUGUACAUGUGUGCAUAAUGUGCCUGCGAGCCAUCAUGAACUAUCAGUCUGGUUUUAAUUUGGUGAUGACUCACCCACGCUGCGUGAAUGAGAUCACCCUCAGUCUCAACAGCAGGAAUCCCAGGACCAAAGCUCUUGUUUUGGAGCUGCUGGCUGCCGUGUGUCUCGUCCGAGGAGGACACGACAUCAUUCUCUCUGCCUUUGACAAUUUUAAAGAGGUGAGCAAAGAAAAGAACCGCUUUGAGAAGCUCAUGGAGUACUUCGUCAAUGAUGACAACAACAUUGACUUCAUGGUUGCCUGCAUGCAGUUCAUAAACAUUGUGGUCCAUUCAGUGGAGAACAUGAACUUCCGUGUCCAUCUACAAUAUGAGUUCACUCACCUUGGAUUAGACAAGUAUCUAGAGACUCUGAAGCUGACAGAGAGCGAGAAGCUGCAGGUCCAGAUCCAGGCCUACUUGGACAAUGUGUUAGAUGUGGGAGCUCUGCUGGAGGAUGCUGAGAACAGAGGAGGGGUGCUGGAGCAUGUGGACGAAUUACAGGAGCACAACGUUCAGCUGAGUGCACGGCUUCAGGAGAUUGAGAACCAGACAGCAGACAGAAUAACUGAACUGGAGACUCAGCUCAUGCAAGCCACAAAGGAGGCUGAGCUGCUCAAAGAAAGCCUGCGAGAGUCAUGCUCCCAGGUUAGCACUUUGCAGCAGAGGGAAAGAGAGCGUGAGCUGGACAGGGAGAGGGAGAAGGACAGGGAGCGGCUGGGUAUCACUGGCCCUCAGGGACCUUCAGAGCUAGAGCAGAAGAUCCAGGAGCUGCAGGACAAAGGGCUAAUCCGAGUGGGACGCACAGCCUCAGGAAGUCUGGACGUCCAAGUCAUGCCUGUCACAGUCGUUGAAUACAUUCAAAGCCCAGCCCCAGCCAACCAAGCCAGCGCUCCAACCUCCCCGUCAUCUAGCAUCCCUUCGCCACCGCCACCGCCUCCUCCCCCCCCACCUCCACCUCCUCUCCCUGGCACUGGCCCUCCACCUCCUCCUCCACCCCCUGGAGCUGGCCCCCCACCCCCACCUCCCCCACCUGGUGGUGGACCACCACCGCCUCCUGGUGCACCAUCUGCAGACUCUGGGGCUAAGAGCAGGAAGCCUAUUCAGACCAAGUUCAGGAUGCCUCUGUUAAACUGGCAGGCAUUAAAACCAAACCAAGUGACAGGCACAGUCUUCAACGAGCUAGAUGAUGAGCAAGUCUUGGGGGAGUUGAAUAUGGAAAUGUUUGAGGAACAUUUCAAAACUAGGGCCCAGGGUAACCCAGCUGACCUGUCCAAGGUUAAGAAGAAGAUGACCUCGAAAGCCCCCACCAAGACAUCUUUGAUUGAUGGCAAUAAAGCCAAAAAUCUGGCCAUCACUCUACGCAAGGGGGGAAUGAGCCCGGCCGAUAUCUGCACGGCCAUAGAAAUGUACGACCAGCAAUCUUUGUCCAUAGACUUCCUGGAACUGCUCGAACCAUUCAUACCAUCAGAUUUUGAGAUGAAGCUUCUUGCUAACUAUGAGAAAGAUGGCCGUCCACUGGAUGAGCUGACCAACGAAGACCAAUUUAUUUUACGCUUUGGGAAGAUUCCUCGCCUCAACCAGCGAAUAAACACUCUGACUUUCAUGGGCAACUUUCCAGACAGCGUCAAACGGCUGCAGCCGCAACUGAACUCCAUCAUUUCUGCAUCCAUGUCUCUCAAGUCUUCAACCAAACUAAAAAAGAUCCUAGAGAUUGUUCUUGCAUUCGGUAACUACAUGAACAGCAGUAAAAGAGGUGCAGCUUGUGGUUUCAGACUGCAGAGUCUGGAUCUCCUGUUGGACACCAAAUCCACUGACCGCUCACAGACGUUACUUCAUUUCAUCACCAAUAUUAUCCAGGAAAAAUACCCAGACCUGGUCAACUUCCACACCGAGCUACACUUUGUAGACAAGGCAGGCCUUGUCUCUCUUGACAGCAUUCUUCAAGAUAUCCGCUCUCUAGAGCGAGGAAUGGAGAUGACCAAAAAGGAGUUCCUGGUGCAGGAUGACAGCCCCGUGUUGAAGGAAUUCAUUAAAACAAAUAGCGAACAGUUGGACACUUUAAUCAAAGAUAGCAAGACAGCACAGGAGGCUUACGGCUCUGUGGUGGAGUACUUCGGAGAGAAUCCUAAAACCACGCAGCCCUCAAUGUUUUUCCCCAUGUUUGGGCGCUUCAUAAAGGCCUAUAAAACGGCACAGCAAGAGAUUGAACAGAAGAAGAAAAUGGAGAGCGAGAGCCGUGAGGUUAAAGAGUCACCAUCUCCAAACAAGGCUGGACCACAAAAGGGCCCAAUGAUGCCUAAGAUGCCCCAGAUGGACCUGAUUGCAGAGCUGAAGAAGAGGCAGGUGAAACCACCAGUACGCGAGGGGAAGGACGGUGCACUGGAGGACAUCAUCACAGAUCUGAGGAACUCACCAUACAGGCGGGCAGACGGUCGUCGGCCAGCCCAGCGCCAGGACACUUAAGCCAGUUUUUUCUUUUCUUUACAAAUUUCCUUUUGCUAAACAAUUGUAACUGGAAUUACUCAUUAAAAUUCAAGCAGAAGACAAGUUUUAAACAUUCUGUAUAUACAACUGUGUUACAAUUAGCCAUUUGGCAGUGUGUAUUAACGACAUAUUAGUGUCGUUUUGCUCUGUAAAUAUAAAGUUGGAAAUAUUUUAAUAAUAAACAGUCCAUAAACUUUAAUUGAAAUGUUACAAAACAUAACCAUUUAAGUAUUUCUAAUGGAUUUGUAUUAAACUUGUAUUACUGGUAUACUGUUACCCAUUCAGUAAUAAAAAAUACUUUGUUUUUAAAAGAAA